AUGGUCGACCUCCAUAUUAGGCGGUGGGAGCGGCUUCAACGCCUUCUGUCUCUGUGCGAACUGGGCCUCGAAGAAUUCCCUAUAGACCCACUGGGUGCCCUAGCCACCAGCAACAGCAAUUCAGGGACCGGCAGCUGCAGCAGCGGUGGUAGCAUGCUGCGGGAGCAACAGCAGCAGCAGCUGUUGCUGCCUCCAGUGGAGUGUUUGGCAUAUAGCGAGGUGUUUCAGCUCAAGUGUUGCGUUGUCUUGCAUUCAUUAGAAGCCCUUUUAUCUUCUCAAAAUUUUCUUUCUAGCCGUUUCCUUCUCUCAUUUUGUCUCAACGAUUUCCUGGGGAAGACCAGCAGGAGGAAGGAACCCCCUAACGGCGACCGUUUCUGGAAAAGGCUGUUGCUAGCAGUGACAGCGGCGUACGUUGUGCACUGGAACAAGACUCCACAGGCUCGGACUGGGGCCCGAACGACUUUACGGCUGAAAACCGACCCGCAAAAGGGGGGAGUGCAAGCCCUUGAACUAGAAAACAGCGAACCAGUGAACCCUCAAGACCACGAGGCGCUAACGACCUUGGAGGAGACGUUGCAGCUGUUUAGAGCUGCAUUCGUUUCCGGAUGCGGCUGCCCACAACUGGCUCUCUCUUUUAUGCUUCAGCUGCAACGCAAAGGCUCCUCUAUGGAUGUCUUCAAUUUCGAAAUUGAUUUGCUCGCGCUGCAGCCGCCUCCCCCACUCAGUGAACCACCGCAGCAACAGGGACUGCACCAACAGACUCUCCUGCAGCAGCAGCAGCAGCAGAAGCAACAGCAACACCAAGAUCGCCAACUGACAAGGCCUCAACUCGACAAGGCUGGGGUUUCCGUGUUCUACCCGGCAGACCUUGCAGGACUAGCGGGGUUUAAUUUGUGGCAGGCCCAGGAGACAGGUAGCAGCAACCAGCAGGCUGAGGUGUCUCUGCGCCUCGCAGCAGACACACCAGGAAGCGUUGCUGUUUCUUCUUGGGAGUGUCUCCUUGUGCGUCUUCUCUGGCCAGGUCUGUGCCGGCAGCCCCGCGAUACAGCAGCCCCGCCGCGCAGCCGCAGCCGCAACAACAGCAGCAGCAGCACUUUGGUAUACCAAGGCUGCUUCAGCAGCGACCUGCUUCCACCAAGCUCUCACCUAACGGAGCGCCUGCAAGUCCUUCAGGGGUUGCAUGACCCUGUUGAUGUUGUUGGCAGAGAUGGGAAUUUCAUUUUGGGGUUUGGCUACGUCGGGGACAUCCCAGCCCCCCUCAACGCGGGCAGAGGCCCUCUGUGGCAAGCUAUCAAAGAAGCGCAAAGGCGCUCGUGUCUUCAGCAGCAACAGCAACAACAUCAUGCUGACGAAGACCCUAAUGAACAAAACGGGGACUCCUUUGCUGCCCAAUGCGUCGACAACGAAAGAUCUCCUCCGGCAUUGCCGGUUGCUACAGUUGGCGGUUUGCCUUACUGGGCGCGGCUGCUGCAGCAGAGGGACUAUCUGUUGCGCCUGCGAGCAGCAAGUAGCUGCGAGUUGUGGAGGCGCAGCGUUGGGGUGUACGUACACUCCGUAGUCCCCAGCGCAGUCCCUGCGUCGCUGGUAACUGAGCUGCUCCCACAAGCAGCAGAUUACGGUUUCGAGUUCAAAGGGAGCCUCAGCAGCCUCGGCGGCGCCAGCAGCACCGGGUGUUGCUGCAACCUGCUGCGGAAAGGCGUUCUGCAAUACGUGGGCUUGGAGGUGCCAGCUCCACAGGGACCGGUGCAGCAGCAGUUGCUGUCACUGCAGCAGCCAGCACCAUAUUUGCGUUUCUCCUCCGGAUUUGAGAAGUACUGGCUUUCUGCGCUGCAGCUGCAGGUGGUAGAUGAUGAUAUCAUUAGAGGCAGCACUGUCUACCUCAAGGAAGGAUCCUUGCCUCUCAGAUUCUCUCUUGACGCGAGGGCGGAACGCGGCAGGCAAAAGAACCUCUAA